CCGAGCAUGGAAGCUCUGUUAAACAUUAAGUAGGUAUGUUGUGCAGCGUAAGUAUAUGUCUUCAUGCCAUCCCGUAGUGUUUUACCCCAGCUGACAUCAACCAAGGACGUUUACUGGUAGUUAACUAUGUCAGCAGUCUGACCGAAAACAGGGUUAUACAAAGGACGAUAGACUUGCCUUUCGCUAAGGCCUCUCUCUUUUUCUCUUAUAGCCACUUAUAACUCACGAGGCCAUUGUCCCCGAAAGGCAGUGGAGCGGAGAGCAAAAGCGCCUCGAUUUACUGUCAUCGCCGAUGGCGAGCGUAUAGCGGUAUCUGCAACACGCCGAAGACAUGCAUAUUAGCAUUAGCUAGCCCAAGACACGGAUAUGAAUUCCGGCAGUCUCUCCUCCUGCCUAUAAAUUUUCGGAGAAAUCAGCACGUCCACCCCUUUUCUACCUCUUUCCAUCUCAAAGCACUCCCUCAUAAAGUCAAGUCUGAAUACGCUAUGAAGUCUCUAGAACCGUCGGUGCUUUCCCAGUGCCACCCUCGGGCCGACGAGGUGGUCCGAGACGUGCAAGACUUCUUUCUUGAGCACUGGGAUUUCCCCGACGAGAAGAGCCGCGGGAAAUUCGCCGCCGAAGGGGUCGCGCGAAUGUGCUGCAUCACCUACCCCAAGGCAAGGGACGACCGGAUCGAACUCGUGUGCAAACUGAUCACGCUCUUGUUCCUUACGGACGGUGAGUUGAGCCCACCAGCCUUGGAUGCAGAAGAGACGCGCUAUGCUCACCGCAACAACCCAGGUAUCCUCGACUAUAAGUCGUUUAGAGACGGCGCCGCCUUUAACCUGAGGUUGAUGUCUCUCUUCCGCGGUGACGCGCGCCCGGACCGCUCCCUCCCCGUCGAGUCCAUCGCCUACGACGUGAUGGAAAGCAUGCAAGCCUGCGACCGCGUGUUACCGGAUGAUCUGCUCGAGCCCACUGCCCAGUUCUUGCAGUCGCAGACAGACGAAGUAAGGGCCCAGACGACCAGUCUCCGCCAGUACUUGUCGUAUAGAAUGAUAGACUGCGGACACUACCUCCUCACCUCGCUCAUGCGUUUCAGCAUGGGUCUCCAUGUCACGCCGGCCGAGAGCCCCGCGGCUCUGGAGGCAGAAACCAUCUGUGGAUACCAUAUAAGCGUAGUCCAUGACAUUUGGAGCUUCGAGAAGGAAGUCCGCUGUGCACAGCACAGCCAUGCAGAGGGGGCAACGCCGUGCAACGCCGUGUCAGUCCAGACAUCCCUGCCGCCGAGUGCUUGCAAGAGAGUACUUUCUCACAUCUGCCGGGAGUGGGAGGAGAGACAUCGUGAUUUGACUUCCGAGUUUCUGCAAGGCGGGAGGAGCUCACCGGACAUGCCAGCUUACGUUUAGGGCCUCGGGGAUAUCAUGAGUGGCAGUAUGACGUUUAUCAAGAGUUCAAGUCGAUAUGGGGGAGUUAACCCGUAAAGGCAAAUGGUUACUAAAGAGCUACGGCUCUCUAGACUUGCGCAUGGGUAGUCUUUGGUG